AUGGAUAUCAGCAAACCGUUGAAAGUGGUCAGUGUGUUUCCAAAACGGCGCCAGGAUUUGCUUCGCUGGGACGGUUGGGGUUACAAGGACUGCAAAUUUGUGUGCGAAAAUGAUUUUGUCUCGUUUGUUGGAAACCGUUAUCCUAUUAGCGGACGGAUGGAGAAUUUCAGUGACUGGGCACGGGAAUUGUUUAACGUUAAUGUAGCGGAUUAUAAUCCGAUCGCCGUACAGCCGACUGAGUUUCCGGAAGUGGUCGGAAAUAAAGCAUUUCUGGUGGGUUUAUCGGAAGCUGGAAUUGACUACUCCCAGGAUGGUAUGGAUCGGCUGGUUAGAAGUCAUGGUCAAACUUUAACCGAUGUGGAAAAUCGGCGGAAACAUACGUACAAAAGAAUUCCAGAUGUGGUAAUUUGGCCUAAUUGUCACAACCAAGUUGUGCAAAUCGUGGAGUUGGCGAACGCUAACGAUGUUGUUCUGAUUCCUGUUGGUGGUAACACAUCGGUGUCGUUGGCGUCGACAACUCCGGCUAUUUACGAUCGCACGAUCGCUGCGGUGGACAUGACGCAAAUGAAUCGGUUAAUGUGGUUGUCCGGGGAAAACUUGACGGCUUGCUUCGAGGUAGGAAUUGCUGGGCAGGACAUUGAGCGGGAGCUGGGAAAGCUAGGAUUUACACUGGGGCACGAACCAGACUCGCAUGAGUUUUCCACCCUUGGCGGAUGGAUCGCGACAAGAGCAUCCGGGAUGAAAAAGAAUCGGUAUGGCAACAUCGAGGAUAUUGUCGUGCGAGUGAAGAUGGUUACCGGUAAUGGUGUGUUGGAGAAAAAAUUCACAGCUCCACGGGUAUCGAUAGGACCGGAUUUCGAUCAUGUGAUUUUCGGUUCCGAGGGUACGUACGGAAUAGUGACGGAAGCGGUGGUAAAAAUUCGGAAUAUUCCCGAGGUGCGUCGAUACGAAUCGUUGGUUUUCUCCGAUUUCGAUACUGGAGUGCAAUUUCUGAGAGAAGUUACGGAACAACAAUUGCAGGCUCCGAGUAUGCGUUUGAUCGAUAAUAUUCAGUUUAAGUGCGCAGUACUGUUAGAUCCUGUGGCAAGUUGGUAUACUGCGUUUGUGAAUAAGUUGAAAGAUUUUUAUCUGACGACCGUUUGUGGCUUCAAUAUGGAGCGCAUAGUGGCGGUUACACUGCUCUUUGAGGGGGACGCAAAAAGUGUGGCGCACCAUGAACGAGAAGUGUACGCAAUCGCGAAAAAAUAUGGUGCUAUCAAGGGUGGUGAAUACAACGGGAAAAAAGGGUACAUGUUGACCUUCGUGGUGGCUUACAUUCGGGACUUCGCAUGGGACAUGAACAUCGUCGGGGAAUCGUUCGAGACAUCCAUCGCCUGGGACAAGUGCAUUACCCUCAGCGCAAACGUCAAAGCGUGCAUAAGGCGCGAAUGUGAACGCCGGGGAAUGAAGUACUUUGCCGUGUCCAGUCGGGUUACGCAAUGUUACGAUGCCGGUUGCUGUGUCUACUUUUACCUAUUGUUCAAACACCUGGAUAUCCCGGAAUACUCAAUGAAACUGUUCAUGGAGAUCGAGGAAAUCGCCCGGGAAGAGAUCCUAGCCUGCGGGGGAACACUAUCGCAUCACCACGGUGUCGGUAAGCUGCGUAGUAAGUGGUAUCCGGAGUGUGUCUCGCCGGUUGGUGUCGGUCUGUACAAAGCCGUCAAGAAAGAGCUCGACCCGAAAAACAUUUUCGCUGCCGGAAAUCUAGUUCGAGGAGAACACCAACCAAAAGAAGAUAAACCUUAA